UUGAGGACACUGUACCCGCCAGAAUUCAAAUCAGUUAAUUUGACACAAGGGUAAGAAUCAAAAUAAGUAACUAACUUUGUUCUUAUUCCAAUCAAAACCAAGGUGAAAACAAAUUAGUCUUUGGUUUUUUUUUCCUACUUGAGAAUAUUUGUUUAUUUAUAUGUAUCUUUAGGUUUUGUCAUUUUGGUAAUUUUGUAUAGAAAGAGAUAUAGGGAGAGAGAUUUGCAGUUGAAGAAGCAGUUGGGUUGAGCUUUGCUUUCUUAAUAAACAAAAACCUGAGGGAAGUUAGGCCAACCGUUGGCUUCCCUCCAAACUCUCUCUUCUUCUGAUUCACUUGGGAUUAAAGCAAAAGCCUUUUGCAGUUGAUUCUUGGUCACCAUCUGAGAACCAACUUCACCUUUCUCGACACACUCUUCGCACCUAUUUUUCCUCAGCUCCUUUUGCUUCAUAUAAACUAUUCAGUUUCUCUCCAUUUUCUUCAUCUUCAGUCCAAUCCUCUCGUACCCAGAUCAGCUUUUGUCCUCUGCAGCAAGUUGGUUUGUGAUUCCAGGCUCUGAAAGUGUUGUUGAGAGGUUUUGGGUUCUGACCCAUCUGUAGUUUCAGCUUCAAGUUUGAGUUUUUGGUACUAUUUAUCACAGAGAAUCUUCCAAGUUUUUGGUCUGUGGAGUUUCAAGUUCAAACCUUUUGGAGUCUCAAAUGGUAAUUUCAUCCUUUUGUCUCUUUCAACUCUCUUAAUUUUGCUCCAUAGUUGGAAAGUUAGAAACGCAAGCCUGAUAUAUAUAUAUAUAUAUAUAUAUAUAGAUAAAUACGGGAAAAACCAGAGUUUCAGAUUGAUUAGUCAUACCAGAGAAAAGCUAUUAAAAAAGUUUGAAGCUUGAUAUUAGUUAUCUAAGAGAUUCAAGUUUGUUUUUUUGGUUCUGACCCAAGAAAGUUUAUUCAAGUUUGAGUCUUUGGUACCUUGCUAAGAGCUUCAAGUCCAUUCCUUUGGAGACUCAAAUGGUGAUUUCCAUACUCUUUUAAGCUGCAAAAACCAGAGUUGAGAUUGAUUAGUCGAACUAGUUUUUGAAUUCAAGCAAUGAAUACCCGGUACUUCUCCCCAUCAUCAGACUCCUCCUUGUGUAGCUCUGGCAGCACAACAGUUCCAUUUUCAUCGAUUUCCGCCGUAGGAGAUCGAAUGGCAACGACAGCAGCAUCAGCACCAGCAGCAGCAGCCACUCGGAAUAGGCCUUCUCGACCUCCAUCUUCACUGUUGAUAAGAAUGGCCAUGAGAGUCUCUAGAGCAAGGUGGUUUACUUUCUUUAGAAGAGUGUUUCAUUACCAAAAUGGAACAAGAUCAGAUCUUGGGUCUAAUCCUUUCAAUUCCAGCACUUGGAUGAUGCUGGAGCUCAUAGCUUUGGUUGUUCAGAUAAGCCUCACAACAAUCACUCUAGCUACCUCGAAGAGGGAAAGGCCAGUUUGGCCUAUGAGGAUGUGGAUUGUUGGCUAUGAUAUUGGCUGUUUUCUUAAUCUUCUGCUGCUCUAUGGGCGGUACCGGUAUCUUCAUCUCACUCAAGGAGAUGCUUAUAGCCUUCCUGAUGUUGAGCACCAAAGAGGGAUUGAAGAAUCCAGGACCACACAUUUGAUGAACAAGUGCAGGACUUCACUCGAGCUAUUCUUCGCCAUAUGGUUCGUAAUGGGCAAUGUUUGGGUGUUCGAUUCUCGAUUCAGCUCACUCCGCCGCGCUCCAAAACUCCAUGUCCUAUGCAUCUCUCUGCUGGCUUGGAAUGCCAUAAGCUACUCUUUCCCAUUCCUAUUGUUCCUUCUUUUAUGUUGCUGUGUACCAUUGAUCAGCAGCCUCCUUGGAUACAACAUGAACAUGGGUUCCAUCGACAAAGGAGCUUCUGAAGACCAAAUUUCUCAACUACCCAAUUGGAAGUACAAAGCUGUUGACAACAAAUCAGACAACACAAACAACAGCAGUAAUUCAGACUCCAUUGAUGAAGACCCAGAAUGCUGCAUUUGCUUAGCUAAGUAUAAAGACAAGGAAGAAGUGAGGCAACUACCAUGCUCUCACAUGUUCCACCUCAAUUGUGUGGAUCAAUGGCUCAAAAUCAUAUCUUGUUGCCCUCUUUGUAAACAAGAACUACAAAGAUAGCAAAUGGAAAAAAUUGCUCGGGUAGCUCGAAUGGUUAGGCAUGUGGUUUGUUCUCACAAGUUUCGAGAUUCAAAUACAUCUCGAAUACUUACGUAGUAAUUGUUAUAGUUUUUUGGUCUCCAAAUAUUGUAGAAUUAGGCGGAAAGCAAAUGAAAAAAUGAAUUUUUUUUUUUAAUUUUUAUUUGGGUGUGAUUUAAAUGUAUUCUUAUUUGUAAUUGGUUACUUGAGUGAGUUUAUUGCUUGUACAUUGGAUCAGGUCACCAGUAACCAAAACUAUACUCUUCUUUUUGAGUACAAAUAUAGCAAUAUUAACAAGAGAGAAUGAUGUGAGAAUAUUCACCACCACCUAA